AUGAACAGUGAAGAUCUUUAAUUAAUAAGGGGAGUAGGAUUUUUAAAGGAAUUAAGUAUAUUCGCUUAAUUAGAAGAAAAAAUCUUAAAAACAAUAUGGCCAUUAUGUUCAUUUUUAAAAUGUGAAAGAGGAUAAAAUGUUUAUCAAGAAGGCUAGAUAGCUACUCACAUUUACCUAAUAAAGGAGGGUGAAGUUUCCAUAUCUAGGCUUUUAGAGAAUGAUACCAAAAAUACAGAAAAAACUUAAAAUUUACCAGAGAGAAUUAUUAGAAAAAAUUUGAUUUGGUAGAGCGAGCUAGCUUAAAAGAAAAAAGAGAAGGUAGUCAUAGCAAAAUUAGGAGAAAAUUAAUACUUUGGAGAGUUAGAAUUGCUUACAAGUAACAUAAAUAUGAGAUAUACACGGGCUACUUGUGAAAGCUAAACAAUAUUGUAUUCUAUUUCUAAAAAGUUAGAUGUAAAAAACAAAGAAGGGAUAAAAAUUAAUUUUAACAAACUGAGAAUGUUCUCAUAGAAAUGCUAGUUCAUUAAAGAGCAUAUGGAAAAAUUGUAAAGCAAAACAAAAGCUCAGUAAGAGCAUUAAUCUUAGCAAAACCUUAAUACCUAAGUAAUUUGGCAAGAAGAUAAGGAUAAUAAGGAACCUGAAACAUUUAUAAGCAGUAAACAUGUUAGUUAGAUGAUAAAAUUCUUUAAAGGAUAUAAUUUUGGAGGAGUUUAAAAUUUAGAGUAGUAAUUCAUUUUAGAUAUUUUAAAUAAAACGAAAAAUCAUCACUUAGUAAGACUGCAAUAGCUAUGGAAAGUUUUAAAAGAAGGAAAACCAAGUUUAAGAUAAUCUAUGGGAUUAGAAGAUAAUAUCACAACUUCUACUCAUGAUAAUACUCACACUUUUUCUGAUUAAAACGACUUAGACGAAAAACGAAAAAAUUUGCUUUCCUUUAUGAAAAAGAGAAAUAUUUUAUCAAAAUAAUUUACAAUAAACAGUUAAGAUAAUAAAUCAGUAAGCGCAUAUUCAUAAUAAUUUAGAAACACUAGUUAAACUUGUGAUAAGAAUACACAGUUUGAUGAAGUAAUAAGCGAUGAUAACUUUUAUGAAAAAGAAAGAUAUAAUUCUAUAUUCUAAAAUACUUAAUCUUCAUAAACACAAUUUUAAAGUAGAAGAGGUUCUUCUAAUGUUUAUUUAGAGAAUUAAAAAUAUUUUGUUUCUUACUACAACUAUGGAAUUAUGAAUUAAAAUAAAACAAAUUUCUAAAAUAAUAAAAAUAUUACACAAUCAUCGAUUAGCCAUUCUAAAUCAUAGGAUUUAUAUUUGAAUAAUACCAAUUUGUUCACAUCUCUAAACACAAGCAAUAAUAAUAAUAUUUCUUUACCUUGGCUGCAACAGAAAUAUUCUAAACCCCAUUUCGUAAAGAUCUAUCAAAAAUCUAAUGAAUUAAAAGAAUUUAACAAAAAUAUAUUUAUAAAACCUAAGCUUUAAAUAUAUUCAUGA